AUGUUAGAUUUCUUUGCCAUGGCUCACUGUGUUUUUAAAACUGUUGAAGAGGCAGCAGGAUACUUACUUUCUAAGGAAACAGAAGCUUUACCUCCUCAUAUAGAUGAGCAGCCUGAUGAGGAAAAUAUUGAAGAUGACUUGUUGCCUAAGGAUGAAAACCGAAGGCAGCUUUGGAUACAGGCCCGGAAGCGGAAAAACUUUAAGCCAUCUGCACAUACGCGCCUUUGCUCGAAGCACUUCGAGGAGAAUUGUUUUGAUAGGGCUAAGACUGGAGGGAAUUGGCUAAGUAGUGAUGCUAUCCUGACACUUUUCAAUUUUACGGAGCAUAUGAAAUCGAAGAGGCCUAAUCUCCGUAAAUCUCACACUAGAAGGCGUUCGUUAGAUGACGCCUCGUCUUCUGAAAUCUGUGCUUCCAAUGCGUUUUACAGCGACGUUAUGCGAUAUGGAAACGAACACCCAGAAAAACAAAAGUUCAGGUAUAUUGGGGACUUUUCGAAUAGCGAUUUGUGUACUCCUGGCAUAGCAGAAAAAGUGAUAGAUGUGGCAAGACGGCAGAUUAGCGUCAAAGCCAGAAAGUUAAAGAACUUGCGGCGGUCAUCUCAUGGGAUGAAGAAGAAAGUCUUGUCUUUGAAAUCUCUGAUAAAUAAUCUUGAGAAUAAUCGUGUUAUAAAUGAAUCCCUGGCUAAUUUACUAAAGAUGCUGCCACCUGGUACUUCGGAGUUGCUCCAAUGUGUCAGUAAAGGUAAAGAAGCAAAUAUGUAUCCAGCAGCUCUUCGGACCUUUGCUCUAACACUAAAUUUUUACAGUAGCAAGGCAUAUAGCUAUGUAAGGAAAAAUUUUAAAACGUCACUGCCACAUCCACGAACAUUAAGAAAAUGGUACAGUGUUGUUGAUGGGGAUCCUGGUUUCAGUAAAGAAGCAGCAAUAGCGCUUAGAAUAAAGAGUCAGGAACUCAUUAGCAAAGGUAAGAAAUUGCUUUGUGCCAUGUCAUUUGAUGAGAUUGCCAUAAGGAAGCAUGUUGAAUUUUGUGGAAAUAAGUUUAUUGGUUACAUAGAUUAUGGUACAGAUCUUGACAAUGACAAUCUGCCUGUUGCAAAUGAGGCAUUAACAUUCAUGUUGACUGCUGUUAAUGGUUCAUGGAAAAUUCCUCCUACUUAA